GGGCAAUAGCGACAGCGACAGCAACAAUAGUACUCAACACCCCGACGCCCCCCGCGCGAGAUGUGGAUCCAUUGCUGUUUCAUGUAUGAGGAUGCAUGGAGCCAAAUUUCAAAUUCCCACACUGCGACAAAUUCAAUCAAUCUGGGGGAGGCGAAUGGUGCACAGCAGCACUCUCUUCACAUGGAAAGAAUGUAAUCAACCGCCGGGACAUUUUGGUGUUGACACUGGUGUUCUUGUGUUUACAGACGCUGGGAGCAGACUCGCUCGGCUCCUGCGCGGGCAUCGGUAGCCGCGCACUGCCCAACCAACCUGACAGCCCUCCCGCACCUCCAUCGCGCGGCACCCCUUCAUGCGCACGCGACUGCCACGUUCUCAAUGACCUUGUUGCUCGUGGGUUGAGGUUUAGAUCAGUCUGGAGAGGGCGCAGGGCUCAACCCUAAUUACAUGUGACUAGACCAACCCCCCCCUUCCUCCAUUCCGGCCUUUCCGCCAUCUAGCAACACAUACGCGACGGUGCAGCGCGUCGCAUGCCUUUGUGCGGCGUAGCUACAUACAUACAUUGCGUUUUGAAGAAACACCUGGGGCAGAUGUUGCUGUAAGAGUCGGAUCACCUGAUCAACAGCAGCGCCUCCGCCCCACCCAGCCGCGCAACAGCACCCAUGGUUCUGCGGCACAAC